AUGCCUAAAAAAGAAUUGGUUAAUUCGCGCGUUAGAAAAUCUAUGGUCGAUGAUCACUUGCUGAAUCAACAACAGUUAAAGCUACCAGCUAAUAUCAAAAAAGCUCAACCUCAAUUUAAGUUGGAAAAAUCAGAUCAAGAGAAGUGGAAAAGUGUUUGUGGUGGUGAAGUAAUGUACAUAAUCAUCCAUCGAUUUGGCACUGACGACUUUAACCAGUCCACAAAAGGUUUAUUAAAUUAUAUCAAGGAAGUCUUUGGUUUUGACAAUGGCAAAUUUAAUGAUCUUUUCCAAACCGCUAAAGAACGACCACAUCCUAAACGUUUGGUUAAAGUAGAAGUCUUACAAGCUAGAGACUUGGAAGCUAAAGAUGUCAAUGGCUAUAGCGAUCCAUUCUGUAUGCUUGGAAUCGUUAAAAAUACUGACGUUGACUUUAGAAGAGAUAUCCCAGCGCAAAGAGGUGGAAGUCUAAGAACAAAAAAUAAGAAAGAGAAAAAACCCAAAAGAUGUAGCAGUUCCAGUAGCAGUUCCAUUAACAGUUUUAGUAGUAGUGGCUCAUUAGCUACAGAUAUUAAUAAGUAUGAUCAUUUCAGGGAUCAUGACGACGAUGUAACAGUGCUGGAUGCCGCCAGCAAAGUUAUGAAAAUCAAAGGUGUCACUGGGAUUAGCCGAUAUUUUAAGCAAGUCUUGCAAUCGGCAACUACAGGAAGUGAUGAAAGUGUUGAUGAUUUCCUUGGCUGCAUUGAUAUUCCUUUAUCGGAGAUCUCAGCGAUGGGUACAGAAGGUUGGUAUGAUCUACAAGCUCGAUCGAGCAGAUCAAAUGUACAAGGGCAGUGCCAGUUAAAAAUUCAGUUUUCCACAGCUAAGGGGAGCGGAUUUCACUUGUAUGAUCCUAGAGAAUUAUAUGCCGCGGUUAAUCAGAAAUUUGCCGAAUACGAAGCUGAAUUAUUCUUCAGCAAAAAUAAAGACAAAUCUUGGGAUUGUGAUCUAUCUGUGCAAGCAUUGAGUGUUUUAUCGCAAAUUGCCAUGCAUUACGAUAUUUCAAUCUGCCAGCAAUCAAUGUAUGCUAUUAGUUGCGUUUGCAAAAUCCAUAAUUACAAGCAGAUCGAUUAUAAAGUCUUGGCGAAUGAGUUGAAACAGAUUUGUAACCAGUCUUUAGAACAAUAUCCAGACGAAGUUGAGGACUUUAUUUCAUGCCUGGAGGAAUUUGUCGAACGUUGUAUGACCAUGUUUCACUAUGUUAGAGGUGUAUUUCCAUAUAAAGAUGAGAAAAGUGCCGUAAGAUUAAACGAUUUAUUAACAUGUCUAGAAUUAAUCUAUAGUAUACCAGAAUUUCAGAAGAAACACCAAAACAAAACACUACUGCAAGAUAUACAAACGGCUUUUAAGAAAGCCACAGAAAAAUGGUACGCGAAUCAAUGCAGUUUACUAACGCCAAAAACAGAGUCCAUAAAAUCGGAAUUACAGACUUUUAAUGAACUUGCUGAAAAGAUCUUUACAGAUUUGCAUGCUGCAAGAAACUAUUAUAAUAACUUAUUUACUAGAAUUGGCGAAGAUUAUUUUACAACUGUAUUCUUUACAAUUGACCAUUUGGUUGCGCGCGAUAUGAAGAAAAUAAUGGAAGCGUUCAAUGAUUCAUCCCUAGAAUGCUCUGAGAAAGUAGAUAAAUUAACCUUUCAAGUUUAUUUCACGCUGAAAGAGCUAACGAAAUAUCGAAUGCAAUUAGAGCCUGAAAAUCAAUCAGCAAGAUUAAAUUUAGAUUCACUACACAAGUGGUUUUCACCACUAGUCAAAAUGUGGUUUGACUGGACCCAUGAAAAUUCUGUCAGUCUAAUUAAGAAGGCAGUAGAAAUUGAAGAGGUUGAAGUCAUUGAUUCUUAUGUCAAAUAUUCUACAUCUGCUGUGGAUGCAAGCUGCUGCUUUCAGCAAACAUGCGAUUUCUGGAAGGAAUUAGAUUGGCCUGAUGCCGAUGACGGUUUUGCUCUCUUAGCUAAGUUAGUCGAUGAUAUUUGCACUGCUGGUACAUGCUACGUAGAUCUUAUUUACGAUCGACUUGAACGAGUUCAUUUCUAUGAUGACGAAGGCCAGUUUGACAUAACUGAACAGCUAUGCGUUACUUUAAAUAAUCUUGAUCAUGUACGACGUACUCUUGAAUCUUUACCUGAACGAUUAAAUUUUGAGAAAGUUACUUCUGGAUUAUCGCAUCAUGGAAACGUCCACGCAGAGAACUGUCGAGCUCAAUUGUUAAAGAUCAUCGAAAGUGGCGAUGAAAACUUUAACGUUAAAACGUCAUCUCUUAUUAAUAAUAUUUGUAAAAAGAUGGGUGUCGGCAUCAAUCAAUUUAUACAACAGUUCUCCAAAGUACCUGAAAAUGUUGAUAUUUACCAGGCAAUUAAUCCAUUAUUGCAGUAUCUGGAUAAUAAUUUGAUUAAACUCAAUGAAUGUUUAUUUGGCGGUGUAUUUGACAAGAUUGUGGUUAGGAUAUUAAAUGUUGUCAUGGAGAAUUUUUGGAGUUUAGUCAGCGCUAAAUCUACGAAACCAGCCAAGUACUACGAAAGACUAUGGGACUGCUUGGAAAUUCUGUUGGAAUUCUUCGUAGCUGAUGGAAACGGUGUGAAAAUGAGUGUUAUCUUAAAUGAUGGCUUUUAUUCAAUGUCAGUUAGUUAUUUAACUAAAGCCAAAUUAGACACUGGAACAUUAAUUGGCCUAUAUUUUAAGGAUAAAUUAGAAUAUCAGGCUAAGAAGAAAGAAUUUUAUGGCUCACUGACAUUUAAAGUUUUUUAUUCUUCAACUGCUCAGAGUUUAUUCGUUAAUGUAAUAAAUGCCAAAAAUUUGCCAGUUUUAGACUCCAAUGGAAAAGCUGAUCCGUACGUUACCGUUGAAUUAUGUCCAAGCCAUAUCUUUAAAUGCGCUGAGAAAUCUACUAAAAUUGUUAAGAAAACGUUGGAUCCUUAUUUUGGAGAAACUUUUACCUUCAAUAUUAGCGAUAAACUUUGUUCAUCAACAAAUGGAGCUGUGGUUUUAUUUACAGUCAUGGAUUAUAAUAUAUUAAGAAAGAACGAUUACGCAGGUGAAUGCGCUGUAUCUCUCAAUAAUGUACCAGGUCUAAGCUGGGAUGAAAAUGUACCUGGCAUGGGUGCUGAUUUACCAGAAAUUGAAGUAAAUUUAACUCACCCUGAUACUUCUGGCGAAAUAUUUGCAAUCUUAAAUAGCCGUACAUCUUGUGACAAAGAAGCGAUGACUUUUGUUAAGAAACGCAUAAGCAUGUAUGAAGCCGCUCAAGAUUCUCUGUCUUAA